AUGGGCCAAGCUGCUACCCUGCCAUGUAGGAGAGGGGAGUCCUAUGUUACUGAGCUGUACGAGUGGUUCAGAAAGUUUAUCAAUGAAUGUCCCAGUGGGCUGAUCACUCUUCACGAGUUUCAGAGGCAUUUCUGUGAUGGGACAGUGGGCAGCGAGUCAGCUGAGUAUGCAGAGCAGAUAUUUCGCACAUUGGACAGUAAUGGGGAUGGAGUGGUUGAUUUCAGGGAGUACGUCAUGGCCAUCAGCAUGCUUAUUGAAGGUUCAGCUGUGGAGAAGCUGCGGUGGUCAUUUAAGCUCUAUGACAAAGACAGAGACGGAGCCAUCACAAGGGAGGAAAUGCUGGAGAUUAUGCAGGCUGUGUAUAAGAUGAGUGUCGCAGCUGCUUUAACUCAACCCAACCCACUCACAGCUGAAGAAUGUACCAACAGGAUAUUCACGCGAUUAGAUAAAGACAAUAACGCCAUCAUCAGUCUGGAGGAGUUCAUAGAGGGAGCGCUGGAUGAUGAUUGGAUCAGGGAGAUGCUGGAAUGUGACCCGAGCACUGUGAAGGUGGAGAGGCCCCUGAGGAGGGACACCGCUUUGGGGACCCAUGGUUGACCCAAAGUGGGGUAUUCUAUUCACUGGGAGAAGAGGAAUUAACCAGUUGACGUUUGGACCAACAUUUCCAGGAACAGCUUCCAUUCAUUGUGACAAAUUAUAUCACAGUCUGUUGAAUAACUCAGAGGGAGAUGCCGGAGAGUGCUAGGAAAUGUAGAUGUAGUUUUUACAGUAUGAAAAACACCCAGUGCUGCCUUCUAGAAUAUGCCUUAGAAUAAAUCAUGCCUAUAAUGAGACAAAGAAAUGAUCCUUCUCAUAUUAUAUUAUUAAUUAUUCAUUCUGCCUUUGUGGCCACAUUAACUUGCACCAGGCAAUGGACCCUAAAUCAUUUUAAAGUAAACAUAGUGUAAUAUUUACUAUGACUCUCAGUUUCCCUUGGCUGCCCAGGGCCUUGUAACAUCUGUCCUGCAUACACUUGGUAUUCCAUGCAAGUCUGUAGUUUUUUGAUUGUAUGCCACUUAAUACUGUAACUCCACUUCAUUUUAGAAGAAAAAAUGUACUUGUAAUUCCACUUAAUUCAUCAGAAAGCUAUAAUUGUUGUUGUGAAGCUCCUCAUUUCUGACAUCUCCCUUCCUGACAUUCCUCUGAGGCAUGUUGACCUUGCUAACCAACUUGUACACAUCACUGCAAAUACUGUGUUAUUUCCUCUGACACAGACUCACUCCCCGCUCUGGUCUGGUAGUGUUAAUUUAAACUAUUAUUUACUAUGUGGCACAAAUCUGCUCUUGUUGUCAGUGUUUAAUCAGGAUUUCAAUCUGCCUUCACUGGCUACAAAAUUAAGAUAAUACUUACAUGUCAAUGCAUCUGUUACAAUAAUGUAUUAUUAUAAUAUGUAACAUAACAAUUUGCAAAGGGCCUGCAUAUUGAGUACUUUUACAUACUUACCUGCA